UCAUCAGUCAGAAAGUUGGAUGAAAAGCAGCAGCCAUCAGCAGAAGCAGAGUGUCGCAAAUUGUGUGGUGUGUGUUUGAGAAGAUAAAAAGUCUUUGGAAAAUCCAAAAUUUAACCUCUUUAAUCGCAUAAUUUGUGACCCAUUUAGUUUCCAACGUGAUCAGUGUAUCUUUCAACGUAAAGUGAAAAAUGUGCUCCAUCAUGUUAAAUGGUUGUCGUUGUGACGGAAACAGCUGAAAAAUCAAGAAAAAAAGGAGGAAUCGAACUUUGAGAUUGGUUAAUAACUUUUUCCUUGGAUUCAAUAUUGUUUCUCCUACCAUCCCUGGAUAACCCGGAAGUUGAAGAGCGUGUGUAUGAUCUUGUGUUAUUUCCUAUCAAUCAAGUUUUUCGGAUAAGUCGUGUAUCCCAGAUCCCCUGAAGAUACAUAAUUGGAUUCGGAAAAAAGUGAACCGGUACACUAGGUGUGGAAAUUCCGCUCGUAUACGCUUGGUCUAAAAGGCGCGUGUUGCCAUUGGAAUACAACGAUCGUCAGCUGCCUAUGACAGGAACUCGUCGGGUAGACAGAAAGUGCACCAAAACUUUUGAAUGACUGCCAGCAACAGCAGAAGCAGUCUCAGUUGUUAACACCGAUUCAACCAACCCGUGCGUUACAGAUAAUGGCAGAGCAAUGUAUCGUCUCGAUUAGUGACGAUCAGCAGCAGCAGCAGCAGUGCCCUGUAAGCCCCUUAGGGGUCCCCACAGAAAUCAAUGACUCCUCAUCGGUUAUCAGCACUCCCAUUGGCAGCGCAACUCUUUUCACAUCGAACCAAACCGGAGUAAUAGCAACAGUCACUGCAUCUGGUUCUUCCACCCCUACGACGCAGUCCGGAAGUUUACUACUUCUGAAUGGUGAUGGAACCGAACCUAGGGGAGAAGAUGGAUACGAUGGAUGGUUCUAUGGGCGUGCCGCAGAAAACAACGGUAUUCAGUUGGAAACACCCGCGGUAGAACAGGAGCAGAAAACCAGUAAUGCGCCUGGGAUAAACGCCAAACCAAAACGGCUCAGUGAUGAGUUUUAUUCCGCCGACGAUGACUACGAAGAUGAGGAAGAAGACGACGAGAUGGUUGGCAGAAUUGGUGAUGGUAACGGAAGUGCUGCGGACUGUGGAAGCCGACAUGAUGGAAACGACUGCGGCAAGAGUGUUGGUGAUGGGGACAGUGAGACACAUGCUAGUUUGAAUGAGAUUAAAAAUUUGAGCAUUACUAACGGUGCCUCGGAACCGAUAAGGGAUGAAGGGUCAAAUCUGGGUCCGAUUUUUGUAAACGAAGAAACUUCCUCCUGCAGCAGCGUUCACCAACAGCUGACAACUGAUGGAGAAGAAAUAUCAGUGCCAACUAAGCCAGCGAAUGAGCCGUCUUUGGCUAUGGACCAAGAAGAAAUUCCCGAAGAAGCAAAUGUCGCGGGAUUGGUUGGUGUAGUAUUGGAUGACGAUGAGGAUGAUGAUGAUCUGAAUGAUGAUGAACUGAAUGAUGUGCAAUCUAUCGAUGCAAUCGAACGUCGGGACUUUGAGCAAGAACAAAAAUUGACUGGAGGAAUUAUAAUAAAAAAUAGCGCUUUUAUGCCCGAUACCCAUAGACUGAAUCUAGACUUAAUAAGUAGGAUAAGUAAAUUGCGCGACGAUGACAUGGCUCCAGAAAAAUCGUUGGACCAGCACAAAAUUCAGCUUACGUCAACGCCAACCAGUAGUAGACAUCCUUCGAAGAUUGUUAGUAUCAGUACGUCUAGUUCUAAUAGCACUAGUAUUAGGGAACAACACAGUAAUAGUACAACAAUAAUUACAAAGUCAGCGGUUAAGAUGAACUUGUCUGCUAGUCUAGGAAACUACUGUCGAUCAACAGAAUCAGAAAUAAGUGGAGCAGCUUUGGCAGAUGGGCCAUCUUGCUCUUCCAUGGCGGCAUCGUCCUCUUCCUCUUCAACGGUAUCCAGCAGUUGUAGCGGUACAAAAUCGCAUCGUAGACAACAUCAGCAUCAGUUGGACGCUUUCUUGAACAGUAAUUCUAACGAUAGCUUAUCUUCAGAUCGAAUUAUGUUCAUCCCUAAUCUACAAGCGCUAAAAACAAAUUCGAAGGAUACUUCGACCGUUCCUAUGGGAAGCACAAUGAACGAACCUAGUACGUCUUCAUCAUCCUCAUCACCUUCACCUUCUUCGGCUAGCUCUGCAGGACCGUCAACUUCCACUGGAGCCACCAAACCACCCUCAGACUGCAGCUUAUCUUCAUGUGCAACAUCGGUUAUAAAACAAACAGGAGAAUGCAGUAAACACAUUAACCACCAUCCAAUUCCUUCUACCAGCACUAGCAAUUCUUCGCUAUACUCUUAUAGUUGCCCUUAUGGCAGUGCUGACCAAGACAGUGGUGAAGCUGGUAAUUCCGCUUCUUUGGCCAGAUUCCCAUCGACCACAUCAAACUUCACCGAAAAUAUGGUGGACGAUGAAGUGGUCGAAGCGUCCAGCAGCAGCUCCUCACUCCGUACUAGCAACCUCCGACAUGCGCAACAUCAUAACGACCGCAAUCACCUGGAAGAUCCUGUCCUGGAACCAUCGCAACUGUCAAUGCCACCUGAAAUUGAGACGGCAGCCGUUGCCGUAGUCGAACACGAAUGCGACGAAGACAACUGGGUUGACUGUGAAGAAGGUUCCGAUGAAGAAAUUUGCACCUGCCGAGAUUACACCGACCACGAAAUCAACUUCGGAAACUCAAGCAGCGAAGACGAACUUCCUUCGCGGGACGUCGAUCUUUCGAGUUAUACUCACAUGGAUGUCGCCGAGGAUAUUUUGGCGCAUGAUCCUUCAAGUGGAGCAAACGUGUCAUCCGCUAAUGCUGGAAAUUGUAACGCACAAACUCCAAGACUGCAUCGGAAGCGAAAGCUUACUGAAAACCGAAUUCUGUUUGGAAGUGGAGGCAGUCGUUGUAGUAACAUGGACACUGGUUCCGAAUCUAUGCGUAUAGAAAGCCCCAAUUCGGAGUCCUUAAACUUCAGCAGCCGUAAACGAUUGGCCUUAGACAGCACAACUUCUCCGAGAGCACUGCUCAGCCCAUCGAAUCUUACUUCAACGCCAACUUCCUCGUCAAUGGGAGAACGUAAAACUCCCAGAAGCAUUAUUCCAACCAAAGAUAACCCACCUCCUGAGCUGAACGAUUGGCUGAUGCAGUUUCAGCGCUGGACUCCCGUUGAACGUUUGGUUGCGAUUGAUCUUUUGAUCGAGCACUGCGAACCCACUCAGGUUCGGCACAUGAUGAAGGUGAUCGAGCCGCGCUUCCAGCGGGAUUUCAUUUCGUUGCUACCCAAAGAACUGGCCCUACAGGUGCUGUCAUAUUUGGAACCGAAAGAUCUGCUACGCGCUGCACAAACCUGUCGAAGCUGGCGUUUCCUGGCCGACGAUAAUCUGCUAUGGAAGGAAAAGUGUAAAGAGGGAAAUAUCCUAAUGGAAGCUACCGGAGCCGACCGACCUAAGCGAGGGCGAGCGGGCAAUAUGCCGCCAAUAUCUUCACCGUGGAAGGCAGCCUACAUGCGACAGCACAUUAUCGAGAUGAACUGGCGCUCGAGACCCAUCCGUACCCCGAAGGUUCUAAAAGGACACGAUGAUCACGUCAUCACGUGCCUUCAGUUCAGCGGUAACCGCAUUGUGUCCGGUUCCGACGACAAUACUCUCAAAGUAUGGUCUGCCAUCACCGGAAAGUGCCUUCGAACGCUGGUUGGUCACACGGGUGGUGUCUGGUCAUCGCAAAUGUCCGGUAAUACAAUCAUCUCAGGCAGUACCGAUCGUACGUUAAAGGUCUGGAAUGCCGAUACGGGUAUUUUGCUGCACACAUUGUACGGACAUACUUCGACAGUUCGCUGUAUGCAUCUACAUGGGAAAAAGGUUGUUAGUGGUUCUCGAGAUGCAACGCUACGGGUGUGGGACAUUAACGAAGGCACCUGCCUGCAUGUGUUGGUCGGGCAUUUGGCAGCAGUUCGAUGUGUUCAGUACGACGGCCGAUUAGUAGUUUCCGGUGCUUACGAUUAUAUGGUCAAAGUGUGGAACCCAGAACGGCAGGAGUGUCUUCACACGCUACAAGGACACACCAACCGAGUAUACUCACUUCAGUUUGACGGUAUUCAUGUAGUGUCUGGUUCUUUGGACACUUCCAUUCGCGUAUGGGACGCAGAGACGGGUAGCUGCAAGCAUGCUUUGAUGGGUCACCAAAGUUUAACGUCUGGUAUGGAACUACGCCAGAACAUUCUGGUAUCCGGAAACGCUGAUUCGACAGUUAAAGUGUGGGAUAUAAUUACUGGCCAAUGUCUGCAGACUUUAUCAGGUCCCAACAAACACCAAUCGGCUGUUACCUGCCUUCAGUUCAAUUCUCGCUUCGUGAUAACCAGUUCAGAUGACGGUACCGUUAAGCUGUGGGAUGUAAAAACUGGAGAAUUUAUUCGCAAUUUGAUUGCCUUAGAAUCCGGCGGCUCCGGUGGAGUUGUGUGGAGAAUAAGAGCUAAUGAUACGAAGCUGAUUUGUGCAGUCGGUUCCCGCAAUGGCACAGAAGAAACCAAACUCAUGGUACUCGAUUUUGAUGUAGAAGGUGCCUGCCUGAAAUGCUCAUAAGUUGGUGUAAAAGUAUACUCUCUUCAAUCUCUUGAGAAAAUAGUUAAUAUUCGCUUGCCCUCGGCACGGUACCAAACAUACAAGGAGAAAGAGAGAAAGAGAGAUGAAUUCCCGGUUUUCCUAUUUUUUGGAAAGUUUUGCAGCAAAAGUAGAAUAAAAUAACAAAUCACACAUACAUCCCUAUACGCGCGAACUGGAAAUACUCUUCCUAACAUGUAUUCAUUCGGUACUGUUUCAAUAGCCGAUACAUACACGCAAUUCUAAAGAACAAAAUAAAAUUAGUGGUAUUUAGGGCGCAACACAAUUUGAAAUUGAGGCGACGAUCGUUGUAAAAGCUGAUAUAAAAAACGCAAAAACAAUUCCUUUACAAGGAAUGGAUAAAAAAAUCAAAUGAUCAAUAUCGAACCCGGAGAAGAUAAUCGGAAAUCAAGAGAGUCUCGCUUAUACUUUUGUUGCCCAAACAUUGUUCACUGUUUGAAUAUUCUUCAUUGCUUUAUCUAGAACGUUAAAACUUUGUUUCCCCUGUUGUGUUGAGCGGAUAUCCGCGCUCAUGUUUCAGAACACUCUAAAAUGUUUUUUUUUAAAUACGUUGAUUUUAUAUUUUGAUGAAUUUAUUUACUCUAGGAUUAGCUCGAUUCGUCCGUUCAGUUUCGCAUGAUCCAUGUUUAAGAAUACAAACACCAAGCAGCAGAGGGAAUUUUUUACUAGUACGUUCUAUCUUCUCCGUGGAAUUUACGUUCUUAUGCGUUCGAUACGAUCCGGAUAGGAAACAUGCUUUAAUCAUUCAAUACUAAGUAAUUCAAACCACGAAAAGCUUAUUACUUUGGUUUAAAUAUUAAUCUUCAAUUAAUUUGAAUAAGAUUGGCGCGAUUUUCUCAGUAACAGUGACUCGACACUAACGAUAAAGCCAGCUGUAAUCGCAUUACACCGUCGCUAUUCACAUUAAAAAUCAACACUUGAAAUAUCCCGUAUAACCGAACUGUUAAACAAUAAUAGGAUAAACCACAAAUCCGUGAAAGUAACGGAAUUUAUCAUAGCGAAAGGAAACAUUGUACAAUUUAGUUAGCCUUGUCAGUUUAGGAAAUUGAUGUCGAUGUCUAGGUUUCAAUUAUUCUUUUUUUUUAUUUAAGUUUUCGAAUCAAUUGAACAAUUUAUUCUAGUAAAAUUUAUGUUGCAAAUUUA